AUGGGCAAACCAAUCGUUCUCCAGCUGGGCGACGACAUCCGCUGGAACCACGACCAGUAUGCCAAAUUCAAAGACCAAUUCGAGAUCAAGCGCUCAUACAGUAUGUCGCGACCGGAGUUCAUCCGAGCACUGAAGGAGCGACAAUUUGGUGAUUUUGUUGCGAUGUACCGACCUUUCUGGAACACCGGUGGUGAGAUGGGAAAUUGGGACGAGGAAUUGAUCUCGUUACUCCCGGAUUCAUGCAAGAUCUAUGCUAGUGCUGGUGCUGGUUUUGACUGGGUGGAUACGGUUGCUUUGGCCAAGAAGGGUGUGAUCUACUGCAAUGCUGCCGCUGCCUGCACCGAGUCUGUGGCUGACGCAGCUAUCUGGCUUAUCAUCUCUGCCUUCCGACUAUUCUCAUGGUCAGCGAUGGCAGCUCGCGCUAUCGAUGCCGAACAGUUUGUAGAUGCCAACCGCAACCUUGCUAUGGUUUCUCAUAACCCCAAGGGUCACACGCUCGGUAUCAUCGGUUUUGGCCAAAUCGGUCGUCGAACUGCAGAGAAGGCAUACAAAGCCCUCGAUAUGAAGAUUCUUUACUACGAUAUUGUCCAGAUGCCAAGGCAGCUGGAGCAAGUCUCCAACGCCACUUUCCACAAUUCUAUGGACACCCUUCUCGCCGAGUCAGAUUGUGUAGUCGUGGCUACUCCUUUCAGUGGAGAGACUCUAUUAAAUGCAUCUCUGCUAGCAAAGAUGAAGCAAGGAUCUCGUCUCGUCAAUAUUGCCCGCGGGAAGCUCCUGGACGAAGCGGCUCUCGUUGACGCCCUGAAGAGGGGCCAGCUCUCUGCCGCGGGCUUGGAUGUACACUUUAAUGAGCCGCAUGUCAGCCCCGAACUGGCUAAGAUGAAGAAUGUGGAGAUUCUCUCACAUAAUGCUGGUGCUUCUUUGGACUCGCACAUUGGUUUUGAGCGCCUGGGGAUGGAGAACAUAGUUUCGUUCCAGCAAACUGGAAAGGCUGUGACACCAGUAAAUGCUCAUUUGAUUAACAAGGCUUCAAAACUUUAG